AUGAAAAACCUUACGGAAGUGUUGCACAAGUUCUACGAUGAGUACACGCACAAAACGCCCAAGAAGCUGAAAAUCGUCGACGCCUACUUGCUGUACAUUCUGCUGACCGGCAUCACGCAGUUUGUUUACUGCUGCCUCGUUGGAACAUUCCCGUUCAACUCAUUCCUGGCUGGCUUUAUCAGCACGGUGAGCUGCUUCGUGCUGGGUGUGUGCCUCCGCCUGCAGUCAAACCCCCAGAACAAGGAACAAUUUUUGGGAAUCUCGCCUGAGCGUGGCUUCGCUGAUUUCGUGUUUGCUCACAUAAUUCUUCACUUGGUUGUGGUCAAUUUCAUCGGUUAA